AUGCCGUCAAGCCGGGAUAUCGAGCUCAAGCUGUACCCGCUCAAGGACGACUCAUUUGGCACAGCAGCCCACCAUCACUACAACAUGGGGAGCUAUGCCACGACCGUGGGUACCGGCGGGGGCGGCGGAGGAGUAGGUGGCGGCCACGGCCUCGGUAUGCGCGAGCCCGUCUACGAAGAUGCCGAGCCGCAAGGCCGGUUCGCCCGCUGGGUUGACAGCUUCCGGCGGGAUCCAAACUUCAGCGUCCUCCCCAAGGACCCCAUGGACGAUAUCCUGGUCGCCGAGGUGGGCUCCAUACAUGCCCGCCCACCGCUGCUCAGAGACGGCAGCAGCCACUAUUAUGACAUGCGCGGCGCCGCGCUCCGUACCGCCCAGUCGCGCCUGGCGAGAAAGCUGAAGGGUCGACACCUGCAGAUGAUUGCCAUUGGUGGCUCCAUUGGAACGGGUCUUUUCGUUGCCUCGGGUCGGGCGUUGCAGCUGGGCGGCCCCGCGUCGGUCCUCAUUGCCUAUUCCUUUAUUGGCGCCAUGCUGUAUUUCACAGUACAGGCCCUGGGUGAGCUGGCAGUCGCCUUUCCUGUCGCCGGAUCAUUCUCUGCCUUCUCGACGCGCUUUCUCGAUCCGUCAUGGGGCUUUGCCAUGGGCUGGAAUUACGCCAUGCAGUGGAUUGUUGUCCUCCCGCUAGAGAUCAUUGCCGCAUCCAUAACCAUAUCCUAUUGGAACCCAGAUUUGACCCGGGCCAUUUUCGUGACGAUAUUCUUCAUCUGCAUUGUAGCGAUCAACUUCUUUGGCGUAAAGGGCUAUGGCGAGGCCGAGUUCAUAUUUGCCAUUAUCAAGGUGACCGCCGUGAUUGGCUUCAUACUACUUGGUAUCGUAUUGAACAUUGGCGGCACCCCCGACUCGGGAUAUAUUGGAGGGAGAUAUUGGCACUCGCCCGGUGCUUUCCAUAAUGGCUUCAAAGGGCUCUGUAGUGUCUUCGUCACGGCCGCCUUUGCCUUUGCUGGCACUGAACUGGUCGGCCUGGCCGCUGCUGAGACCUUGAACCCACGCAAAUCACUGCCGACAGCCAUCAAGCAAGUCUUCUGGCGCAUCAGCUUGUUCUACAUUGUUGCCCUGACUCUUGUCGGUCUACUCGUGCCAUAUACUGACCGACGGUUGCUUUCCAAUGAUAGCAACGCCAAUGCUGCCGCUUCGCCCUUUGUCAUUGCCAUUGAGAAUGCCGGCAUCGAGAUCCUCCCCUCCGUCAUGAAUGUCGUCAUUCUGGUCGCGGUCUUGUCUGUGGGGAACUCUUCCGUCUUUGGCUCAUCGCGUACCUUGGCUGCCCUCGCAGACCAGGGCCAGGCGCCUUCGAUCCUGUCCUACGUCGACCGCCGCGGCCGACCUCUCGUCGCCAUCAUCGCCGUCUUGUCGGUGGGCUUGCUGGCGUACCUGGCCGACCUGGAUACGCAGUCGACGGUGCUGGACUGGCUGCUUGCCAUCUCGGGCUUAUCGUCCAUUUUCACCUGGGCUUCCAUCUGCUUGGCGCACAUCCGCUUCCGCAAGGCCUGGGCCCUCAACGGCCACAGCCUGCGCGAGCUUGCCUUCCGAUCGCAGUGCGGCGUCUGGGGCUCCUGGGUCGGCCUCAUCCUCAACCUGCUCGUGCUGGCUGCUCAAUUCUGGGUUGGCGCCUGGCCCGUCGACUACCACACCAUGUCGGCUAUUGAGCUUGCCGAGAACUUCUUCUUGCAGUACAUGGCAGUACCCAUAGUCAUUCUCUUCUACUUGGCCCACCGUAUCUAUUAUAGGACGUCUAUGGUGCACAUUCACGAAAUGGACAUUGACACGGGCCGGAGGGACUUUAACCUACCGAUCCUGCUUGCCCAGGAGAUGGAAGAGAAGAGAAGCUGGCCGCGCUGGAAGAAGAUUUACAAGUAUCUUUGUUAA